AACCGAGUGAAACAUGUUUGAAGUGUAGCCUGUGGCUAAGCUGAUAUGAUAAUGAAGAGAGCACGUGCGGUCUUCCAAGCAGCCAGCUUAUUUACCUAGCAGAACUAGCUAAGGUUAGCCAACUAGCUAACAAGGUUAGUUGAGUUAGGAUCACAGUAGGUGACUAGCUCCAAGAGGGUUUUGUCUGGUUAGUGAAUUUAUCCGGGAACAGCAUUACUUGUUGUUUGUGAGCUUGGAUCAGAAUUGUAAGAGGAUCCAUGUCGGACUGCAAUAAUGACUGAACCACAGAGAAGUACAAGGAACUCAACAGAUUUGAAAAAUGAGGAUGGCUAUGAAAUCUCUAUUCCCUUUGAAGACAGUAGUGCAGACCAGUCUGGUUUCUACAACCAGAAUGACCACAUGUUUGAUGCAGAAAGUGCAUCAGGACAGACUCCUCCCUGCAACCCAUACCUGCUGAUUUCCAACCUUCGUGCCCAGCUGCAGAUCUCCUUGGAAAAGAACUCCUGGCUACAGAAACGCAUAGAGGACCUGGAAGAGGAAAGAGACUUCCUGCGCUGCCAGCUCGACCGGUUCAUCUUCACCACCAAGAGUCAGGAGAGGAAUGAGCUUCAGCCUGAAGUUCCCCAACAACCCACAUCCCAGAAGACUGUCCUUCGCAGGGCUUCGACCCCGUCUCCACUGCCCAUGAUGACUCGUUCUGGACAAGCGCGCAGCCAGACCCUAAAGCGAAAAAAGAAAAAGAACAGCGUCCAAGAUGAGGAAGAUGAGGAAGUGAUAGAGGAAGAAGAGUUUAUAGAGGAGGAUGGCUACCUUGAAGAGGAGGAGAUUGUGUCAAAUGAUGACGACUCUGACACCAAAAGCUGCAGAAGAAGCAGGGCUAAAAGCAGGUCCAACGGUGGACCGACGAGAGUGAAAAGAACUCGGGUAUUCCGCAUAGCACGGGGAAUGGAGAGACAAAGAGUGAAAGACCCUGCUGGAGUGCUUUUUCGCUACAAGAAGAUUCUGGUGACAUACCAGAAGCUGAAGAGCAUGUCCAGAGCCUUCCAGGUUCAUGGGGUCGACCGUAACACUGUAGCCUCCACCACUCCCAUUGCGGAGUUGCUCCUGGUUGCUCCAGAGAAAGUGGAAGAAGUCGGUGAGUUUGAUUCCUCCAAGGAGAAGCUUCUAGACUAUGCACGGCGCUGCUACAAGGCCCUCGAUGAGACCGCUCAUGCCAAGGUGCAGGCCUUGAAGAAAAACAACCUCCUGCUGCCCAUCUCCUACAGAUUCAGGAACUGAUGCACCAAAAAAAAAAAAAAAAAAAAACUGUUUCCUUGAAACCUGCUGCAAUGAUAAAUGGAAGGAGGAUUCAAGGUUGCUGACUGGAUGUUGCGGCAUCUAAACAAAGAACUGUGCUGGGUUUGUUUUUUCUACCUCAGCUGUUGGUUAUUAUUUGGACAAAAACACAUUUAAAAAAUCCAGUAGCAUUGCUGGUAUUGGUAAUCCUGGUUAAGGUUGAUGGGAAGGUCACUCCUUUGUUGGUUUGUUUUUAGUCUGAGUUCGAAUGCGUCGGUCAGACAGGAUGCGCUCGAGGGAUCUGAAGCGUUAGAUGAGGCAUUGACAGAGAUUUGAGUAAUGAUGAUGGAAAGAGUAAGUGAGAAGCAAAAAAGAAACAAAGGGAAGGAAUGGCUAAGCUAUACAUUUCAUCCAUUACCUUUUGGAGAAAAUCACUGUAUUUAAAGACUGUAUAUGUAUAUUUUUGUACUUGUUCAUUAUUAUUUGGGAAAAAAAAAAUAACUGCUAACUUCCUCACUCCUCAGACGAAUGUAACACUUAUUCCCCUGUUCAUUAACACCUUUAAUGUAGCUUUCUAAAUUAUGUGAACUCUUCUGAUUUACGAUUAUGAAAAAGAGAUUAAACUGUGUUCUUGGCCUAAGUUUGAAGACAUGGGAAAAAAGAAAAAAAAAAAAGAUUUACAGAUUUACCAGCGUUCAUUACCAUGAUAUUUAUUUUAAGAAAUGGCAGUUUAGUCAUCUGUAGUUCAUAUGAAUGAGUUCAAUGGAGCCUGUAAGGACGGUCUGCUCUUUUCAGUUUGGUUGUAGAUGUUUAGCCUUCAGAUGGUGAGAAGUAUUUUUGAUAAACCUUUUUUUUUUUUUUUUUUUUUUUUUUUUUAAAUACUGUAUCAUUCCUUCAGUAGUUGUGUUCAAUCAUAUACCUAUACACAUUCCUGUAAACACCUGACUACGCUUAUCUAGAGCUAAGACCAAAGAUACAGUGUGUAGUUAUGUCAUUAUCCUCAGGGAUGUAGCCUGCUAACUCAGUCUGAUCACUAAAAUUGUAAAGCUUCACUUGUCUGCCUUAUUAUAUUACUGAGGUCUUAAUACACUGUGGAAUCGUAGAUCAGUGAUGUCGUUAAUGCCUGUCUUUAAGUCCAGGUAAAGGACGAUUGCUUGGUUCUGUCUUGCUUUUCGGUUGAGUACCUUUUUGUGAGUCAGAGAAUUUUCUUUUUGACCAUCUGUUAUUUCUCUAGAGGGGAAUAAACCGUAUGUUCAUUUAA